GAGACAAUGUUGCAUUCAACGCUGUCAUCAUCACAUCAGUGCCUAUCGGGGAAGGAGUUUCUAGCUCUGCUUCUAUAGAGGUCGCGACCUACACUUUCCUAGAGGGUGUCACAGGGACGUUAGGACAGAUGGACAAGAAGGACAAAGCAUUAGCAUGUCAGAAGGCAGAACACGAGUUCACAGGGAUGCCCUGUGGUAUCAUGGACCAGUUCAUAUCUGUGAUGGGUGAGAAAGAUAAUGCCCUCCUCAUCGACUGCAGGUCAGUAGAAAGUCGCCUCGUAGCCAUGAAGGACCCCAGUGUGGUCGUCCUGGUUACCAAUUCUAAUGUGAAACAUGAGUUGACAGGAACAGAGUACCUAACCAGGCGGCGCCAGUGUGAACUCACUGCUAAACUCCUCAACAAGAAAAGUCUGAGAGAGGCUAACAAAGAAGAUCUCAAGGAGCUCAAAGAUAAGGUUGACGAUGAACAUUUCCGAAGAGCAAGGCAUGUUAUUGGUGAAAUCAAACGCACAGAAGAGGCUGCGACAGCUCUAGAGAGUGGUGACUAUGUCAAGUUUGGGAAACUCAUGGUAGAAAGUCACAAUUCACUACGGGAUGAUUACGAGGUGUCUUGUCCCGAGCUUGACCAACUUGUGAAAGCUGCAAUGGAAGUGGAUGGAGUGUACGGGUCAAGAAUGACCGGUGGAGGAUUCGGUGGCUGUACAGUAACCUUGGUGAAGAAGAGUGAGGUUGAUAAGGUCAUGGAACAUAUACAGAAAUGCUACAAAGGGAAGGCCACUUUCUAUGUAUGUGCAGCUGCAGAAGGAGCACGCCUGAUCACACUGUGAUUAGCACAGCCUGGCCAGUACACAGUCCUAUAUAUCUACAAAAAUAUCUAAAUAUAGUGAUACUUAUAGUAUUGGGUAUGCUGGGAAAUUGUAUUGUAAUAGAUUGAAAUUGGUGCGUAUUUGAAAUGACAUAAACACCUCACAACAUGAUAAUUAUUUAGAUAGGAUGAAAGAUUCCAUAGUGUGCCUUAUGUUAAAUGAAACCAUACUGUUAGGGAUGUCAUUUUGUUAUAUACAAUUUAUAACGGAACCGUACUGAUAGGGACGACAUCGUCUUGUCCUGUACAAUGAAACCUUACUGGUAGGAUGUCAUUUUGUUAUAUAUAACGGAACCGUACUGAUAGGGACAUCGUCUUGUCCUGUACAAUGAAACCUUACUGGUAGGACGUCGUUCUGUUAUAUAUAACGGAACCGUACUGAUAGGGACAUCGUCUUGUCCUGUACAAUGAAACCUUACUGGUAGGACGUCGUUCUGUUAUAUAUAACGGAACCGUACUGAUAGGGACGUCGUCUUGUCCUGUACAAUGAAACCUCACUGGUAGGACGUCGUUCUGUUAUAUAUAAUGGAACCGUACUGAUAGGGACAUCGUCUUGUCCUGUACAAUGAAACCUUACUGGUAGGACGUCGUUCUGUUAUAUAUAACGGAACCGUACUGAUAGGGACGUCGUCUUGUCCUGUACAAUGAAACCUUACUGGUAGGACGUCGUUCUGUUAUGUAAAAUAGAACCUUACUAGUAUGGAGAUUUCUCUCUAUUUACAAUAGAAUCUCACAGCUGUGUACAAGUUUUCAUAUUAAUCAAUGUAACCUCACUAAUCUUACUUUUGAAUUUUACACUGGUAUUUGUAGAUCUAAAUAUUUUAAACUGUUUACAGUCGAAUCUUGAUAAGCUGGACAGUUUUACUUGUACAAUAGAAUCUCAGUGUUGUGGAAAUUUCUCCCUAUUUACUAUUGAAUCUCUUUAGUCUGAACAUUUUCUCCUAUUUAUAGCAGAACCUCUCUAGUCUGAACCUCCCUAUUUAAAAUAGAACCUCUCUAGUCUGGAUUAGUCACUUUAUAGCUGAAUCUCUCUAGUCUGGACAUUACCUGUUUACUGUGGAACUUCCCUAAUCUGGACAUUUUUACCUUUUCUAGUGUUAUCUAGGUAAUGGAUUUGUUUCUGUUACAUUUAGACUAUUAUGAUUUGUAUUGUUGAACAAAGAAAUGAAGUGGCAGCUCACUGGUUCCAGUGUUGGGAGAUAUGUGCCUGAUACAAUCCAUUAUAAACAACGAUAUAUCCAGUUGAUACCACAGGGGCUUCACAUGUUCUUAUUACAGUAAAAUCUGUUUUAAACGUUUUCCUUGAGGCUCAAUAAUUAAAACGUUAUAUCCGGAAAAUGUUAUAAGCAAUCCAUACAAAAUGUGACCUGUCAUUAUCAACAGAAAAUACUUACAUACAACGGUAAAGUGGUAAUGUAUUUUGAUGUACCUAGAAUGAAAUAAUCACAUAUGAUUUAAUAUUUAACAUGAGGGCCCAACCCCGAGAUUGAUUAUAAUUGAUAAUUUUAAGUGAUCUUUGGGUCAAACCCUGGGGAUACUUAUUUCACUGUGGGUCAAAGAGUAUGUCAAGACCCUGUGGUAUUUUUUUUUAUAGACAGUCUUUGAUAUACAAAUAUGAUUAAUAUACACCACGUGUUCAGUAAUGCAUAUUCCUUGUUUUGUUUUCAGUUAGGUCUUUUAACAAUUAGACAUAGUUGUAGAAAGAUUUAUAAAUGAAAAACUAAAAAAGAUAGGAUAACCAUCGUCUUGUCCUUUUUAGUUACAGUAAAGUCUUGGGUGGAUAUCAUACGGUAUUAAUUAAAGAUCCUUACUACCUCUCUUGGAAGGAUACAUGUAUCUUGUGGUAUUCAUUAAAGAUCCUUACUACGACUCUUGGUUGAAUAUUUUCUGGUAUUCAUUAAAGAUCCUUACUACCACUGUUGGUUGAAUAUACGUGUAUUAUGGUAUACAACACAGAUUCUUACAAUUAGAACCAAAACAAAUGAAAUCCACAAAUAUGGAAGAAUCAAAAUGAAGUGAUUUAAAAGAAUUAUAAGUUUGACUAAUGAGAAUAAUAUUUAAAAGACAAGUGUGUCAGGAGUUAGUCUGGUUGUAAAGGAGGUUGUGUUAACUGGUUCAAUAUACAAAGCUACACUAAUGUUUUAAAUCAUUAAUAUAUUCAGUAGUCAUACAGUGCAAUAAGUCACAAUGAUCAAUUAUCUCUCUAUUUUUCAGUGUUGUUUUUCAGUUUUGUAGAAGUGUAGUAAUUUUUAGUCGUUUUAUAAAGGGUUAGAUCUAUAGUGUGACCGUCAUAUUACCUUUUGGGUUGUUGUAGCCUGAAUAUAACAUAGUCACAAGAAUAGUCCAGUAUUGUGUAUACUUAUACAGAAUUUUACAAGGUUUCCCAACACUGCUCAUUGAGGUUUGUGUUUAUUAGGGCUAUCAUUUGUUAUAGCUAGAGUAUGUUUUGAUUUUUAUGGCCAACAUCCGUAGAUAUAAAGAGAAAAAAAUGACCUGGCAAGUGAUAGCUUAAAACUUGAGUAAAUAUUUCCCCUCUUUGGAUGAAAUCAUUCAAAUAUAUAGAAAUAUAAACAUAUAUAAAUUGAUUUUCUGAUGUCUACAGAAAAAAUUGUUUGACAUUCAUAAAACUAUGUAAGAGUUUGAUUCAUAAGUUGAAAAUUGAUCUAUGAUUGCGAUGUUUGUAUAUCUAAAGUGCUGUAGGAACAAUUCCAGAAAAGAGGUUUCCCAUUUUCAGUAGUUUGCUGAAGAAGUUGCCCAGAAAUGGACAGGGGUCAGGGUUUUGUUGAUUGUUGUUUAUUUUUUACAAAGAAAGGAACAAGACUCAGUUAUAUGACAAAGGAAGCUUACUUUCACUUUCAGUUAUAUGUUGUUACUGUUAAGUCUUUAUAUAGAUAUUUGUUUAUUUCCCUCACUAUAAGAACACUUGAUUGUAGAUUUAUGCAUGUACGGAAUCUCAGGUUCAGAUUAUAGCUAUGUACAUUUAUUUUACAUACAGAUACCAAAACAAUAAUGUUCUUUGUAUUAUUAAAACAAGUUUACAUGUUUUAUGAGAUAUUUUAUAAGUGUUGUACAUGUACAUUGUAUUGGAGAAUGAAAUGAUAGGGCUACCAUCACAGGGGUUCAUUGAACAACGAGAUUAUCUCCAGAGGAACAUGAGUACAAGACUGUGUCUGAACAGUUCUGAAGUCUUUAUAAAAUAAUGAAUAUGUUACAUGGUUAGAGAUGUAAUGAUAUGUAUAACCUGGUUAGAGAUGUAAUGACAUGUUUAACCUGGUUAGAGAUGUAUUGACAUGUUUAACCUGGUUAGAGAUGUAAUGAUGUUACCUGGUUAGAGAUGUAAUGACAUGUUUUAUCUGGUUAGAGAUGUAAUGACAUGUUUAACCUGGUUAGAGAUGUAGUGACUUGUUACAUGGUUAGAGAUGUAAUGACAUAUUUUACCUGGUUAGAGAUGUAAUGACAUGUUUAACCUGGUUAGAGAUGUAAUGACAUGUUUAACCUGGUUAGAGAUGUAAUGGCAUGUUUAACCUGGUUAGAGAUGUAAUGACAUGUUUAACCUGGUUAGAGAUGUAAUGACAUGUUUAACCUGGUUAGAGAUGUAAUGACAUGUUUAACCUGGUUAGAGAUUUAAUGACAUGUUUACCUGGUUAGAGAUGUAAUGACAUGUUUAACCUGGUUAGAGAUGUAAUGAUGUUUUACCUGGUUAGACAUGUAAUGACAUGUUUAACCUGGUUAGAGAUGUAAUGAUGUUUUACCUGGUUAGAGAUGUAAUGACAUGUUUUACCUGAUUAGAGAUAAUGAACUUAUUACCUGGUCAGAGAUGUAAUAAUGUAAGUGUUACCUGGUUAGAGAUGUAAUGAUGAACUUGUUACCAGGUUGGAUAUGUAAUAAUGUACUUGUUACCUGGUCAGAAAUGUAAUGAUGUACUUGUUAUCUCGUUAGAGAUGUAAUAAUGUACUUGUUACCUGGUCAGAGAUGUAAUAGUGUACUUGUUAUCUCGUUAGAGAUGUAAUGAUGAACUUGUUACCUGGUUAGAUAUGUAAUGAUGAACUUGUUAUCUCGUUAGAGAUGUAAUGAUGAACUUGUUACCUGGUUAGAUAUAUGUAAUAAUGUACUUGUUACCUGGUCAGAAAUGUAAUAGUGUACUUGUUAUCUCGUUAGAGAUGUAAUGAUGAACUUGUUACCUGGUUAGAUAUGUAAUAAUGUACUUAUUACCUGGUCAGAAAUGUAAUAGUGUAAUAGUGUACUUGUGUACUUGUUAUCUGGUUAGAGAUGUAAUGAUGUACUUGUUAUCUCGUUAGAGAUGUAAUGAUGUACUUUUUAGUAUUGACAUGGUGAGAUAUGUAUUAUUAAAAUGUUUUCUGAUGAGAGAAGAUUAAUUAAUCGCCAGAGAUAUACAUUUUGUUGGUAAAAACCUAAAUUAUGUUUAGUAUCUCAUUCCAAUUGUAUUAAUAAAAUCCUGUAUCACUUAA